AUGGGGAAUGUCACCAGCAGUUGUGCUAACCCCAGCACUCACCACUGCUGCCGGUGGACGGCAGAGGAUGAUGCCGAGCUCUCCGUGGAGGGCCGUACCAGGAAAUCCAAGACCGAGGAGGAGCCCCGAUUGAACUUCGACACGAAUGUCAUCGGCCCGACUAAUGCUAACAUCAUCGGCGGCGCGGGCGCUUCGCCGCUUCAGGAGCUCAAGUUCCUGGAGGAGCGGUCCUUCAAGAAAGACUGGCAACGGGAGCCCACACCGGAGAGGACCUCGAAGGACACUCAGAACCGGAAGGCUCAGACAGCUGAGCUCAAAAAGGCCGCCAAGGCCCUGCAACCCAAGGCUGUGGCAAAGGGUGGCUUUCCCGUCAGCGCCAAGGCGAAGCCAAAGUCGGACGUCUCAAUGUCAUCGGUUUCAUCUUCCAGCGUCCUGCCGUUCAGCAGCAGUCCGGGCAAGUCACCGCUACCGCAAAAGGAAGAGAAGGUCGUCAGUCCCAAGACAGCUGAGGAUCGCGCCGUCCCUGCAAAGCUCAAGGCUGAGCUGCCCGAAGAGCCGCAGAAGCCCGUUGAAGGAACCGAGCAAAGCACAGCAGUUCCGGUCCCGGCGAGCCCCAACCCGUGCAAGAAGCUCAUCCCGAGCCUCUCCCCAGCCCUUUGGUCGCCCAUGCACCGGCGUUGGACAUGCCAGAAGGCCCUCCAGCCGGAGCCCGCGCAGACCGUGCAGCCGGCGCAGAGCGCGCAGAGCUUGCAGCCCGCAGCCACUGCUACCACGGUUGAUGAGACAGAGACCAUCACACAAGUGGAAGAGAAACCACAGCGCACUCCACCAGUGUUAAGCCUUUGCAGCCCACCUCCAGCACUCUGGUCCCCACUGCAUCGCAAGUGGUGCGGCGCUGUGCUGAAGAUGCAGCUUGCACAGGUUCCAACGCUGCUCGUGAAAAAGGCGCAGACCCCCAAGGCCUUGCUUUCUCUGGAGAGCGAGGCUCGCCUGGAGAAGGCGCAGCCGGAGCUGGAUGUGAAGACCUUAGAGGCCGAGCCUCUCUGCGUGGCCUUGAAGGCCCCGGCGACCCCAGCGGCCCCAGCCCCCGCUCGCAUCAGCUUCUCUUCUGCCCCGGCGCUCUACUCCAAGUGGCACGGCCGAUGGACAGGGUGCUUGCCCGAGCCUGCCAAGCUUGGGGCCUAG